AUGUCCACCUCCAGAUACACCACCUCCACCUCCGGCAAAAAAAACAGCUACAUCCCCUACCAACCGCAAAAGGCCACCCGCCCCUCCCCACCCCCCUCCUCCACGCCCACCCCCGCCCGCCCACGCCCCACCCCCUCCCCCGCCCCUUCCGCGGCAAGCGGCAUCAGCCCCAAAACAACCAGCGAGGAAUUCACCCCCGCAGCGCUUGCCUCAUCGUCAGGCACCGUCGCAUCAAUGAGCUACCUGGACCCCCUCGGCACAGGCACAAAGCCAGGGCACCCAUUUACGGACCCGUCGCGCCCGCCCGCCGUCUCUAGCGGGGGGGGAGGGGGAGGGGGCGGAUACCAAGACCAAGGCCGCCACGGGUCGUACCCCCAGCAGCCGUCGCCAUACGGCCCGUACGGCCCCGGCCAGAACAUCCACACGCCGCCGGGGGCGCCGCCGCCCGUGCCGCCGAGGCCGUAUGGGCAGUCCACAACGCCAAUGCCGCCGAGUGGAAGCUUCUCUGGCCCCGCGGGGCAGCAGGGGGGUUACGGGAGCUUCUCUAGCAAUCCGGGGAGCUUCUCGGGCCCCGCGGGGCAGCAGGGGGGUUACGGGAGCUUCUCUAGCAAUCCGGGGAGCUUCUCGGGCCCCGCGGGACAGCAGGGCGGGUAUGGGCAGCAUCCGGGGAGCUUUUCGGCGCAGGGGGGGUAUCCGCCGUCGCCGGCGGGGUAUGGCGCGCAGGGUGGUGGGCCGCCGCCGCCGCAGCAGCAGCAGCAGGGUGCGUAUGGGGCUCCGAAUGGGUCGUUCUCGCAGCAGGGGUAUGGGGCGCCGCAGCAGGGACAGUAUGGGCAGUCGCCGCAUCAACAGCAGCAAUGGGGAGCGCCUGGACAGGGGCAGGGGCAGUAUGGGCAGCCACCACAACCGCCGUAUGGGCAGCAGUCACCGGGGCAGUAUGGACAGCAACCACCGCCGGGGCAGUACGGACAGCAACCACCGCCGGGACAGUACGGGCAACAGCCACCACCGGGACAGUAUGGUCAGCAACCAUCACCGUACCAGCAACCCCCCUAUGGCCAGCCCCCCAACCCACAAAGCCCCUACGGCCAACAACCCCCCUACAACCAAUACAACCAGCAGCAGCCACCGUACGGCUCCCCCGGUCCCGGGCAAUAUGGCCAACCACCACAACCGCCCUAUGGCUCCCCCGGCCCCUACGGCCAGCCACCGCCGCCCCAGCAGCAAUACGGGCAGCAGCCACCGCAACAGCAGUACGGAGGCGCAGGAGGAGGGUACCAGGGGCAGCGGCAGCCGUUCAGAGACUACCAGCUGCAGCCGGACUGCCCGACGUGCCAGAAGUGGGGGGAUAGGUGUCCGGAUCAUGGCCCGAAGAAGUAUUUUGUGGCCGUGCCUGGGUGUCGGGGGUGUGAGAUGUUGAAGGAUUAUUGUAGGGAGCAUGGGACGGGGGUUAGAUAG